AUGGCCAAGAUUGAUGUUAAUGUGGAUUUCACUCACAAGCUUUGUACUUCGUUAAUGUUCCCUGCUUUCAGGGACACAAGCAGUCCUCUUUCUCUAGUGAUUGGCAGGCAAGUUCUCCUCUGUAUCAAACAUCCGAAUUUGUUUGGAGGAAGCGAGAAGCUUGAUGUAUCUUGGGAUAAAGGGCUGUCUGAUUCCAAUGUACUAGUGGCGUUUAGGAGGCCUAGACCUGAAUGGCGUCCGCAACAGUGUUUCUUCAUACAGCAUUCUCUUUCACCGGAGAUAGGGGUCCAUGGAACUCCGGUUGACAAUUUUUCCCGGUCAGGGAGCGGAGGUGUAAAUCUGUCUAAAUUCGCAGUUGGUUUAGACUUAAGCGAGCCAGCGAGCUCAAAAUGGAGCAGCACAACCAGCGUUAAGUUUGAGCAUGUGCGUCCAAUAAACGAUGAAGGACGCCCAAUAACCAGAGAUAUGGAUGGAUUUCCUGUAACUUGCAGUGGAAAUACACAUGAUAGUAUGGUAGUUUUAAAGCAAGAAUCUCGGUUUGCAAAGGCUAAUGACCAGGGUCUCUCUCACUUCAGCAUGCAAAUAGAACAAGGUAUUCCAGUUGUGUCCAAGUGGCUUAUCUUCAACCGUUUCAAAUUUGUCGCAUCGAAAGGUGUCAGGUUGGGACCGGCUUUUCUCUUAGCAAGCCUGACAGGUGGUUCAAUUGUAGGAGACAUGGCUCCUUAUCAAGCAUUUGCCAUUGGUGGGCUAGGCAGUGUUCGUGGAUAUGGUGAAGGCGCUGUUGGAUCCGGGAGAUCAUGCCUCGUUGCUAAUACAGAACUAGCCUUGCCUUUGAACAAGAUGACAGAAGGAACAAUCUUCUUGGAUUGUGGAACGGACCUAGGCUCAAGCCGUCUUGUCCCCGGAAACCCAUCGUUGAGACAGGGGAAACCAGGGUUUGGGUAUGGAUUCGGGUAUGGACUACGGUUCAAGUCUCCGUUGGGUCACCUUCAAGUUGAUUAUGCCAUAAAUGCUUUCAACCAGAAGACUCUGUACUUUGGUGUCACCAACCUUGCUUCAUCAACAUAA